AUGGGCGCCGAUCUGUCGGCGGUUUUGCGGGAUUUCCUGCGAGAGUCGGGUGGCUGCGCCAUUAUCGACGGAGGCCUCGCCACGGAGCUGGAAGCGAAUGGCGCCGACCUUAACGAUCCUCUGUGGAGCGCCAAGUGCCUCAUCGCUUCUCCUGAGCUCAUUCGAAAGGCAGGCAAAAUGAUCUCCUGUAGUUACUCUUGCUCUGUUUCACCCAUCCCUAUUGAAGAAGGAGCUUCUUCUGUCUUGCGACUUCCUGGAAAUCUAUUAUCUGAAACGACAGGUCUAAUGCUAUGUUAAAAGAUGCUUUUUGAAGACUUUACAUAUCAGAAUUUCGGCCUCAUCCUUGGAUAUCGAGUUUCGUCGAGUCAUCUUUGGUUUUUAAUCAUUUAAAUUGCUUUCCCUAAUGUUCAAUGAUGACCUUUUGGGCGUCAUUAUGUCAUUCGGAGUUUUGGAUGGAAUAAUAUACAACUUUUUCGGUAAUUUCGAAUAUUGAUCUUGGGUCGUACGGCCUCGUCGUUUUCUGGAAAUCAUUCUUACGAUAAUAUGAAUAAAGCAAGCCUGCCGCAGCCCAUGAAAUGGAUAGCAUGCAGACUGCGGAAUGAUCAGCAGCUGGGGCUGGGUUCUGAAAGCCCGGUGUGCUUCGUUGGGCUGAGCGAAGUCUGUUCCCAACAUUAUCGUCAAUUCAUGUUGUGAAAACUCACUUGGGGAAUUCAGGAAUCAAUCCUGCAGCUCAUGGCUUAACCUCAGGUGAUAUCAGGACAGAGUCACACACUGAGGUGCUGCGAAAUUUGGUCAACAGUUAUUUACACAGUGUUUGCAGCUUUUCUUCAUGUAUCAAUUCAUGAAGUUAAGCUUAAUUUGUUCACCACAUGGAAACCUUGGACCCCAUGUUUUGUAUGAAGUGCAAUAAAUCCUGAAUGCAGCACGGGAACAUGUCAAAGUGCUGUUGGUUGAGUGCUUUCUUUAUUAUGUGAAGCAAGAUUUUUCCUGCCCAGUGUUUGUUAGCACUCAAGUCUCAACCUUUUCACUUCACGUGUUCUUCUUUUCUUACUUUUUUUUUUCUCUUGGUUGUGUAAAUGAAGAUAUAACUAGAAAAUCCUGACAGAUUGUAGGUCCUAUUGAUUCAUGUCAUGAAAAGUCUUUUUCGUGGCAUAAAGUAGUAUUGAAUAUGAAAGGUUACUCCAGUGGAUUUUUUUAUGAACGUAAUGACCCCAUGCUUUUCAUGUUUUCGAUGGCAGAAAGAUUUGAUUUCAAAAGUUCUGCCCAUCAGAAAUCUUGAGCUAUUAGACCUCGUAUUUCUUUGAUUUAGCUAACAGCCUGUCUGGAUUCUAAGCACUGAUUGAGACAUCGAUGCAACAUGCAGGAGAUGGAAGAGUCUUCAAGAAAAGCUAAGCAAGAUGCUGUCUAUUUUGAAAUCUUAUUGAGUCAGUGGUGCACUACAUUUUAUAAGUCUCCCUCACCUUGACAUAAGCCAUUUUAUAAGUCUUCGAUGUAAUCUCAAAGGUCUCUACUUCCCAAGCAUUCCAUUAGGUACUGUCUAGGUUACUUUAAUCUAUUAUCGAUUUUCUUCCCAAGAUGCUAGCUCUACUCUUUACAUCUCCUAAAAUUUUGCUCAAUAAAAUCUCUUGUUAAAAUCUGCUGAUAAGCCUUCAAAAAGUUUGGGAGCAUUCAAAUGAGCUUUCAAGGGCUCAUUUGGACAUUGAAAAGAAGAUGUGUCCACUUUUCAGUUGUUAAGGGUGAGUUUCUAGAUCUUGGACUUCGGGUUUUAAAAAAUUAUUAAAUAAUCUUGGUGAGUGAUGUUUUUAAGCUGAAAGAGGGAAAUUAUCUGUGCUGAAAAAGCCCUCGAACAAUUAGGAAAAACCUAAGCGUCAAGUUUUUUCUUUAUUUCUGAAACUACAGUCUUUAAGAUAAUCAAACCUCAAGGGUGUUAAGUGUUGAUCCUUGGGUUCAAUGGAUGUAAUGAGUGUUGAACUUUCAAGGUUUCAGGACUUAGAUUGCAUGUGCACUCUGUAGCACGCUGUAGGUGUCAACCUUUGAAUCAUAGGUGUUGCCCCUCUAGAUUUUAAUGUCUACUGUCUACAGACAUGGACCCUUAACAUUCAAGUAUCAAUCGAUGUGUAUAUAGGUUCCUAUUUUCAAUAGGUCUCAUUCUUAGUGCCAAAGAGUGUCAACUCCUGUGUACUCUACUCUCUGUUUUGCCAUAGGUAUCGACUCCUGAGUUUCAAAUAUUAACGGUUUUAAAUAUUAACGUUUAUGAACUGUUCUCAAUAUUUUGUCCCAUUUCUUCAUAUCCCACAUAUUUUCAGUAAUUUGACAGGAAUUUCGAGGAGAAAUAUUUUUUGCCUACCAGAAUGGUUUAGAUGCACUAUUCUCCUGCCUGGAGUGAGAUCUCUGCUCUCAUUUGUGAUCUAAUCCCUUUUCCCCAAAUUUGUGCCUUCUGCCAAAUCUUUUUUCCUCCAAGUAUCACCAGUUAUUUUGACUAGAGACUAGUUAUUUACCCUUUGUUAGUUAUGCCAUCUUGUGAGAGACUUGUGAUUUUCCAAUUGUUUGAAAUAAUUCUUGGCUUCUCUUCAUACUGGUAGGUUCAACUUUCUCGCUUUAGAGAUAAUGUAGUCGUCUAAGUUGGAAGCAAAAGUUAGUAUGGGAACAUGCAGUGUGCACUAACGUGUUAGAGAAAACUGAAAACAUGUCCUGUUAAAAUGGAUAUCCACGCCUCUGUAUUUUGCUCUAAAAUUUUCAUUUUAUUGAUCAGGCAAGCAAAUGGUGCUCUUUUCUUUCUUAAUAUCUCAUUAAAAAUUCUGGAUAUUUUAUUCUUAUGCUUUAACAUUUUAUGUAUUCAUUCCUUUUCUUGUCAAUAAGCAUGGAUUCAGUGGCAUCAUUUCCCUUUAUCUUCAAGUAGUUACCGUAUAUAUCCGUAAUUCUCCUAAGUUUUAUUCAUAAUCCUGCAGGUUCAUUUAGACUACCUUGAAGCAGGUGCAGAUAUUCUGAUCACAGCUUCAUAUCAGGUGCCAUGUGCCUUUUCACAUCGUAUUCAACUGGUGGUGUUACAUCUUCAACACUCUUUGACCAUUGGUUUCGUGUUAAACAGGCUACCAUCCAGGGUUUUCAGUCGAAAGGGUUCUCUAUAGAACAAAGUGAGGCUUUAUUGAGGAAAAGUGUCACAGUUGCGUGUGAAGCGCGAGAGAUCUUUUACAAGAAGUAUACCAGCUCUUCGUGUAAUUCUAGUUCAACCGCAGUACCUUUCAAGAAACGCCCGAUACUAAUUGCAGCAUCAAUUGGAAGCUAUGGGGCAUAUUUGGCAGAUGGUUCAGAAUACAGGUUAUAUUAUGCGGAAUUCUUUUUUUCUCUGAAGCAAGCUCAGUAUCUGUCAUGGUUCUUUUCAACCUUUUUUCAUUGUUAAGUAUUUCUUGUAGCGGGGAAUAUGGCGAUGCUAUCACCUUAAAAUCGCUAAAAGAUUUUCACGGACGAAGGGUGCAGAUCCUCGCAGAAUCUGGGGCUGAUCUGCUUGCCUUUGAAACAAUUCCAAAUAAGCUUGAAUGCCAGGUAUGUGAUUCUGAUUCUGAUAAGGAAAUUGGAUUAUCUUAAGACAACCCAUGGGAAAUGACCUUAUGUAGGGUUGAUUGGUGAAACCAGGUGCAUAGACCUACGAAUAAUGAUAAUUCAUUAAAGAUGCUUUUGUCGCUGUUUUUUUUUCCUUUUUUGCUAUCAAUCACAUAAAAAGGUUAAAAAAUGUCAACAUUAUUGGAUGGUGACCGUUUUCCUCAACAUCCCUGGCAUGUAUCAUGUCCACGUACAUUUGAAUAGGACUCUUAUCUUGAUGAACUCGCAAAGAAUAGAUGUGCUAAAACUUGAAGAUCAUGGGCUACCCGGCAAACACAAAUGCAAAUACAAAGUCCAGGUUACGGGUAGAAAUGAAUGGGGCCAGAAAGAACCCUGGACUGUUUUUUUCAGUCUUGGACUAUAAUUUUCCGUCUGAUGUCCCAUAUUGGUAUAGGCAUGGAUACCACUAAGAUGCACGAGUACUGAACUUUCUGGAUCUUUCAGGUCCCCAGUUGGUGAAUAUCCGUCAAGCCGAACGCAUGUGAUAAUUGGAACUAGUAGAACUACAACAUUUUCAUUCAAUAUUGCUCCAAAAUUGUUAAACCGAUAGUGGUUUGAUGAACGCAUUUUCAUCUUGAUGAACGCAUGUGAUAUCCGUCAAACUAUCCGGUUUGAUGAGAGAUUAGCACUAACACCAUGCAGGCGUAUGCUGAACUUCUGGAGGAAAACGACAUCAGAAUUCCAGCCUGGUUCGCUUUUAAUUCAAAGGAUGGAAUCAAUGUGGUUAGUGGAGAUUCAAUACCUGAGUGUAUAUCCAUUGCUGAGCAAUGCACGAAGGUUGUUGCUGUUGGAAUCAACUGCACCCCUCCUCGAUUUAUUCAUGGGUUGCUUCUCUCCAUUCAGAAGGUGUACCUUGUAUUCUCCCCAUAUUCUUUGAUAUCAUCUUACAUUCUUUGGGUACAGUUCCCGAUUUUAUGAUCGUUCGACUUAUAGCCUAGUUUUUUCAGGACACGACCAUUUUCAUCUUAUCGUGAGCACCAUUUUGCUGCCGUACUCAUAAGUGUGAUUACUCAUUAAAUUUAUAUGUUUCAAUGUUACUUUGUCCCUUUUGUAGAAUUUACCGCGAAAUAUGAAGGUUUUGGAAUAGAAUGUAACCCUCUUCUGGGGCAUCAUCAUCUGAACCACUUAUGUUCAUUUGUUUCUGAUAUCAUUUGAGUGCGACUUUAGAUUGGGCAUAAUUCAUAAUAAGAAAAGAUUCCAUAUAUUAUGGUCCCUGAUCCCGGUAAUAUACGUUUCUGGAUGACGGUUCAUGAUUCCAUCAUUCAAGCCAGAAUUAGACUGGCUCAGUUCCUCUGUGACCCAUGAGCAGGGCUUGUGGGAACUUCAGUUCUUGAAGGUGUAAACGGUGUUAUGGAAGCUGGAAGUUUGCACUAACCACCCACUCCCACAUUCUUUUUCCUUGAUGGGUUGGUCCAACCGAGGGUAUUAACUUCAAGAUUUCAUGUCUGGGUCCGUUUCCAAGCAGUUCUCAGUUCUAGGCGAAAUGCAAUGGGAAGCAACCCCACCCCCCCUCUGAUUCAUUCCUUUGAGCGGUAGAUUGGCACGUCAUCAAGAAAUUUCAAGUUCUCAUCUUUGAGGAAAGAAAGUAGAUGCGGGUAUUGGGAAUAUUUCUUGUAGUUAAUCAUCUGACCGUUCAUCUCUGACUGAAGAUUCCAGACUUAUCAAAGAACACAAUCUUCAUCAAAACUGGAAGACUUGAAUCCUAGAUGUGCAGAUGGAAUAAAAAGCAUCUGCCUUGGAUUCCUCAGAUAAUCAUAUUUUAUGGUGUUUUACUUAUUAAUUUCAGCUGAUCUGGCUUGUUUUGAAAGGCACUGUCAAGCUUUCUCAACCGCUGAUUUCGCAGGUGACAACAAAACCCAUAUUAAUAUAUCCAAACAGUGGGGAGACAUACGAUCCGGAUGCAAAGGAGUGGGUGGUGAGUACGACUUAGAUAAGAAUCAUCUGAGCAUCUAUGGCCCUCACCCUCUUGUGAUGGCUGUUGUUCUUGAAGUUUUCUCGUUCUCCUCUCCCUCUCCCAGCUUCGAAACCUUGGCUGAGAUCAAGUUCAUCAUCCACAGACUCUAAUCUGCAGGAGACUUCGGGCGAAUCGGACGAGGAUUUUGUUUCCCACGUGAUGAAGUGGUGUGAAGAUGGGGCCUGUCUAAUAGGAGGCUGCUGCAGGACCACCCCUAACACCAUCAGAGCCAUAUCCAGAGCUCUGGGUAGGCAUGGCGUUUGA